AUGCCCACUCAAUAUGAAGAUGAACGGUCUUGGGAAACAUCCAACGCUCAAUAUGACGAUGACAAUGGCGAAGAUGUUAUUGAUAACCCAGAAGAAGUGCUGCAAGAGUGCCUUGAAAAAUUUAAAACACCUGAUUACAUAAUGGAACCUGGUAUAUUUGGCCAACUUAAGAGGUAUUUUCAAGCUGGUGGAAACCCUGAACAAGUUAUAGAGCAACUGUCUAAUAAUUAUAGUGCUGUUGCCCAGAUGGCAAAUUUACUAGCAGAGUGGCUGAUUCUUGCUGAAGUUAAAGUCACUGAAGUUCAAGCAAUGGUAGAAAACCAUUUGAAAGAAAUGAUUAUUAAAACAUUUGAUCCCAAAAAAGCAGAUACAAUAUUCACCGAAGAGGGAGAAACCCCUGCAUGGCUUACAGAAAUGAUAGAACAUCCAACAUGGAGGUCCCUAAUUUACAGAUUAGCUGAAGAUUACCCAGAUUGUCUUAUGUUGAAUUUCACUAUAAAGCUUAUAUCAGAUGCAGGUUUUCAAGGGGAAAUAACCAGUAUUUCAACUGCUGCUCAACAAAUUGAAGUGUUUUCACGAGUUUUAAAAUCAGCUAUAGUUGGAUUUUUGCAAAGUUCAGAUGAUUGGCAAAAUAGUGUUAAUGAGUGUGCUAAAAUGGUUUGUCAUGGUGCUCACACUUAUGUAUACAGUCAAGUGAUUGUUCACAUUCUCUCUCAAGAACAGAGGGGAGGAUCCAUUAUGAAGAGACUUAGUCAAGAAAUUACAAAAUGUGCACAACAAAGUGGUCAUGAUGUUACGCCGAUUACGCUAGCGUUGACGGCGGGAGAGUCGUGGCGCGGCGCUCGCACAGCGCUGGCAGCCAUGUUAUCUCGCGGAGCGCUAAACCCUGCAGAUAUAUCAGUCCUGUUUCGCGCAUAUAAUCAGCCAGAACCACCACCCGUACAUUUACUAAGGAUACCACAGUUUUUAGAACUUCUUGUGGACUCCUUGUAUAAGCUGGGAAGUAAGCUAAAUCCUGAACAUAAGUCAAAGUACACAUACCUUUUGGCCUAUUCGGCGUCAGUGUGUGAGGGUGUGACCCCCGGAAAACCGAUUAAAGAUGAAUUAAAACCAACAUUACAAGCAAUUGAGAAAAUACAUGCAGUCUGUUGCAGUUCCGUUAGUUCAAGUGAACUGAUUGCCGAACUACCUUCACUCUAUCAUUGUAUAAGAUUCCCAGUUGUGGGAAUGGGAGUACUUGUAUGGGUAGAAUGUGUGGUCACAGAGCCAUCAUACUUCAAGUUGUGCACGGAACAUUGUCCUGUGCACUUAGCAUUAUUGGACGAGGUUGCUUCCUGUCACCCAUUACUCCAUCACAGACUGUUAAAAUUAUUAAUAAAGCUCUUUGAGUCUAAACAAGAAGAUCUGGAAAUUUUAGUUCAGUUGGAGUUGCGGAAAAUGCUUUUGGACCGCAUGGUAAAUUUGUUAAGUAGAGGCUGUGUUGUUCCAGUUUUACUGUAUAUUAAAAACUGCACAAACCGUGGAGAUGUCGACUUAUCUUUGAUUAGGUAUUUUUUGACAGAGGUAUUGGAUGCAAUAGCUCCUCCAUUUACUCCUGAAUUUGUACAAUUGGUAUUACCUAUGGUAGAAAAUGAAGAAAUUACAGGUACUAUGAGGGCUGAAGGUGAAAAUGAUCCUGUUUCAGAAUUUAUUGUUCACUGCAAGGCACAUUACUAA